UAAAUUAAAUGUUAAAAUGCAGAAAUUAUGUUGGAAACUCGAUGCAGUGUGGUUUUCCUGAAGCUAAAAAUAGAAAAUAUUUUUGUCUUGCCUGAAAGUUUAACAAAUGAGUACCUCUACACCUCUGAAAACAUCGCCCACUUUUUUUCACUUGGGCCAGUGACGCAGAAGGUACCUGGAUUUCGUGUGCGCACAAAGAUACGUGGGCGUUCCUUUGACGUAAAACGACAGUUUUUUUUACAUUUUGCAGUCAUUUCAAAAAGUUAUUUAACGAAUUUUUCAUAAAAUUUAAUGGUCAUGAUUGUGAAAUAAAAUUUAAUUCAUUAAUUUUCAUCGCCAAAGUUUUCAUUAUUUUGUUAUGGUUAUACACUGUGAAAUACAAUUAAAUUAAUUUCCAGGGCCAUUGUCAAAUUUAAACACAGCAGUUUUUCUGGCGAGCUUGCAAAUCUUAAAGAUAUAAAAAAAUCACCUUAAUAUUGUUUGUACCGCACCUUAGGCUUGCAUCCAAUUUCGUUGUACUGUAUAGAAUGACAAAAAGUUUAUAUUAUUAUUAUUAUUAUUAUUAUUAUUAUUAUUAUUAUUAUUACUGCAUUUACAUCUUAAAUGAUGAUGAGCUAGAUUCUAUAUGUAGAUAUGUGCUUUAUGACUUGGUCAGCUAUGCAAAAUCAACAUGCGUUUGCAGAAUCUUCUCCAACGUACGUCAGAUGAACAUCUUUACAUAGCCCUGGGGGACAAGUUUAUUAAUCAGUCACGAGCCUAGUCCGUCCCAAAACGUAGUCUCGCGCUGCUUGUGUGUGUCACGAGCUCACGUCUUCGCUUGUUGCCCCUUUAAAAUCAGAAUUCAAGGCCAAUGAUUUAUCAAACUCCUAUUUUAAGGAAAAUGACAUGCGGAGGGUACCGUGCCAUGCACUGACGCAAACCCGAUCUUUCCCACAGAGAUAUAGAAAGCUUUGCACAACCAAAUUCUGCCUGUCGUUCUUCCAGCUGUUUCCAACGCACAUUUGCUGACUCUGCAUAAAUGGAUUUUUCUGAACACGGAGAAAUGUUAAGACAGCCACCAAACAGCAGUCUGCCCCAGCCUGGUGGAGCGGUUGGAGCGACUAACAACAAACCGGAGAAUGGAAAUCCGGUGCCCCAAAAGCAGUCUGCAAACGAACGGAAAACUUUUUGUCCUUCGGAAAACAAACCUUGUGAAAUGGACUCUAAUAAAGCCUACGGGACGUUUAAAAACGCCACCCAAGGACCCACGUUUGCUUCCGUUAACUCUGAUGUGCGCAAAGAUUCCGUAGGUAAAAUGGAUGUUUCGACCGCUCACGGUAAAGCCACUUCGGACGUGAUGUCUAAUGACCAAGGUGCCGUUAGGAUCUCGGCAGAGCAUAAUAACACCAUCGGAGACUGGACCUCCAUGAGCCAGACCACCAUCAUACUGGGUACAGAUGGCAAUACGUCUGUUCUGCCUGGCACGGUGACCCGGGAUGACGAUGAUGCAGGAGGAGAUGAAAAUAAAGCCCGGGGAAACUGGUCCAACAAACUGGAUUUUAUUCUGUCCAUGGUGGGAUAUGCCGUGGGACUAGGGAAUGUGUGGAGAUUCCCAUAUCUUGCUUUCCAGAAUGGUGGAGGUGCGUUUCUGAUACCUUACCUAAUAAUGUUAGGUCUCGCUGGUAUACCUAUUUUUUUGCUGGAGGUGUCGCUGGGUCAGUUCGCCAGCCAAGGCCCCGUGUCAGUAUGGAAAGCAAUUCCGGCUCUACAAGGUUGCGGGAUUGCCAUGUUGAUAAUAUCUGUCUUGAUAGCCAUAUAUUAUAAUAUUAUUAUGUGCUGGACAUUGUACUACCUGUUCGCUUCGUUGAAGGAGACUCUUCCAUGGGCCAGCUGUAAAAAUGAAUGGAACACAAUGGGGUGCAAAGACAAAGACAUGCUACUUUUGGACUCGUGUAUACUAAGGGACAAAAAUAUCACAUCAAUCAAGAACACUACAUUCUGUUUAUCUGCAAAUGCUGUUGGGAACAUAAGUAAACUAUUUAAUGUGACAGAAAAUAAAACCUAUGUCAGCCCUAGUGAGGAGUAUUUCAAGUAUAAUGUGUUGCAUAUUUCCAAGGGUAUUGAAUACCCAGGGGACAUCCGUUGGCCCUUGGCAGCCUGCCUUUUUCUGGCAUGGCUUAUUGUCUAUGCCUCUUUGGCUAAAGGGAUCAAGUCAUCAGGGAAGGUGGUGUAUUUUACUGCCACUUUUCCUUAUGUCGUGCUGGUUAUCCUGUUGAUCAGAGGAGUCACUCUGCCUGGAGCUGGUUCUGGUAUUCUUUACUUCAUAACACCCAAAUGGGAAAAACUCAAUGAUGCCAAGGUGUGGAAGGAUGCUGCCACACAAAUUUUCUUCUCUCUGUCUGCAGCUUGGGGUGGUCUCAUAACCCUUUCAUCCUACAAUAAGUUCCAUAACAACUGUUACAGAGAUACUCUCAUAGUGACAUGUACUAACAGUGCCACCAGUAUAUUUGCUGGCUUUGUCAUUUUUUCAGUUAUUGGCUUUAUGGCUCAUGAGCUUAAAGUUCCAAUUGAGAAGGUGGCAGAUGAAGGUCCAGGUAUAGCAUUUGUGGUGUACCCAGAGGCUCUGACCAGGCUGCCCUUAUCACCAUUCUGGGCCAUUAUCUUCUUCCUCAUGCUCCUUACACUCGGUCUGGACACUAUGUUUGCCACCAUAGAAACUAUUGUGACCUCUGUUUCUGAUGAGUUUCCCAAGUACCUGCGCAAACACAAGCCUUUGUUCACUUUGGUUUGCUGUAUGGCCUUUUUUGUGCUGGGCUUUCCCAUGAUCACUGAGAGUGGAAUGUACAUGCUUCAGCUGGUGGACACUUAUGCAGCCUCUUAUUCUCUGGUCAUCAUUGCAAUAUUUGAACUGAUUGGAGUCUCGUACAUUUAUGGUCUAAAACGGUUUUGUGAGGACAUUGAGAUGAUGAUUGGCUUCCAGCCAAACCGGUUUUGGAGAAUCUGCUGGGCCUUUGUUACACCCACCAUUCUUACAUUUAUUUUGGCAAUUAGUCUGUACCAGUGGAAGGUGAUGACAUAUGAAAAUUACACUUAUCCAACUUGGUCCAUGGUUCUCGGCUGGCUUAUGGUCAUCUGCUCUGUCAUAUGGAUUCCUAUUAUGUUUGUUAUCAAAAUGUACCUUGCACCUGGAACAUUCAUUGAGCGCUUGAAGUUAGUAUGCUCUCCUCAACCUGACUGGGGCCCAUUCUUGAUGAAACAUCGCGGAGAGCGCUACAAGAACAUGAUUGACCCACUGGGCACAAACUCCCUUGGCCUUAAACUCCCCCCUAAAGAUUUCCAACUAUCAGCCCAAUAUCAGUAGUCUUCCUCAAACUUCCACGGCCUCCGAGGGUGAGAUUUGCGCAUAAGUGUUUCCUUAUUCAACUCCCCCCUUUACAGUAAUGUUUUCUUUCAGCCAUAUUCCCCCUCUUCUGGCACUUUGAAGGAUUUCGUCAGCUGGAAAGCAGAGACAGCUCCCCAUGAUUGUGGUGUUGUUUGUUUUCAUGAAUAAGAAUUUGUAUUCAGUGUGACAGGAGAGGUAUUUUGCACAUUCUGAUACUGUACACCAAUCCCAGCCGUACCUUUUUCUCAGAGGCAAUAUGUGAUGAUGCUGUUGCAGUAUUUAACUGAAUACUCAUCACACAGUGGUCAUUGAUGACUGCUGAAAUACAGUAUAAAACAAUUGAAUGGGAGACUAAACUUCAUAUUUAUUCUCUAUUUACUGGUCGUCUCUAAAUGUUGCAGCAUAAAUGAGAUAAACUGCUGUGUAGUCCUCAAUGAACUCUAACUUUACUGGUAUCAUACUCUGGCUUUCUGUCUGUGUCUACUUAUACAGUACCUUGUGCCUCAGACUUCCUCUGUUUAUAAAUAUUGCAUAGUACAGUGCUAAUGAAACCAAGCGAGCUACAUUUUAGAUGGAAGUGAGCACAUUUCAGUAUUUGCGAAUUAUAAGCUAUUCUUCUCUUUCUAACAAUUUGCUAAUCUUGCAGAACUAUCUCUACAAUGUUAUAAAAGCCAAACUCCUAGUGUAUGUUCCAGUAGUAUACUGUAGUUAUAGUAAAGUCAUGAAAAAUAAGCCAUGCAAAACUGUAACAAUACUCUUCUGUGUCGUUCAGACUGGUACUCAACAGCCAACUAGCAGACUACACUAAUAUUUAGAAUAUGCUUUCAAGUGUGUUGUAAUCUCUUUGAAAAAGACUCUGUGAAUCCUUCUUUCCUCCUUAUGCAGUACACAAACUUAUGAUGGAGUACAACAAAGGAAAAAGACAUGUGAAAGUGUGAUAUGCCUGGCCAACCAGUGAGGUUAAAGAAAUGUCGGUUUCAUGUAAUUUGGUGUAUUUUUAGAAAAUUACAAAAACAUGUGCUAAUGUAGUUGACCCUUUAGAAUAUUUUAACAAUUGCUUGCAGAGGACGCGUAGAUUAGAAAAGCAAACUUUGUUCAAUGUGUGAUAGAUGUUUGGGGACCAUGCUCCUUCAAAAAUUUCCAUUGCUGUUUGUCUUCAUGAAACAGGGUCUCAGGAAUUACUCCGUUUCAUCCACCUUGUUAGAUGUCGGAUUAGAGUCUCUAGAAGCAAUAUAUAUAAAUAUAUAUAUAUAUUUGUGAUGAAAUGUAAUGCAAAUCAUGCCUUGAAUAUUAUACCAUGCUGUAUGUUGACAUCCCAUAUGUAGAUAUCUUGCAAGACAAAUGUGAUUCUAAACAGAAUUUUUGUUGCGCUGGUCAGUCAAAGCUAACAAAAUAGAAGUACAAAGCUUUUAAAAGCGACUAGCUUAAGCCUCAUUCAUAAUAAGUGGUUGCUAUCAACCAAAAUAACACUCAAGCCCUGAUAGAAAGGCAAAUAGUUUGUCGGUAAAUGAUAAGUAAAAUGUAUAUGAUAUGGUCUGUCACUACAAGCAAAGCCUAAGAUACACACUGCCCAGGCAAUGCGAGUAAUUCAGAAGUAUUAAUACUGAGAAUAAGUACUUUGCCAGGGCUUACUGAAUGAUGCGUUUUAAAAGCCAUGUAAUUUGCAGUUACAAUAUACUACACUAAUCACAUUAAAAAUAGAGAAUUUAUAAACACUAGCACAGAAAAAAUUGUCUUUACUAUAUUAGUGCCACAAAAGAGAUGUCUCUGUUAAUUGUUUAGUCUUAAUCUUUCUCUGUACUAGGCUAUGUGUGUGCUUGUGUGAAUGUGUGAAUUAAUGUGCAGUGCUAACUGCUUAGAUUUAUGCCUACUGUAUCCAACCAUAUGAUCAAACAGUGAAAAAGUUUGGGAAAAAACAAGCAAUCUGUUAUCCCAAUCUUUGUGCACUUGGUUCCUGCAGACGGUAGUUUUAAAGUAUUUACAAUAGGUGUUCAUCAACCAAGCUUUAAAAGAAAUGCAAGCCAUGAUUUAAUAGAUUUUAAUAAAAUCUCCCAGUGUGAUAGGGGUUAUGUAGCACAAAAGUAUACAAAGCACAACCUAAUGUUGUGAGUUGUAGACAGUGUCUUGCUGCUGUUAUCAUUGUUGCAAGUUCUAGCUAGUGUUUCCCUUGGCUUAUGUAUUGCUGUGUGUCGGUCCGAGAGAAAUUGUUACAAUCCCCUUCAUUUAAACACUCUGGGAAAAAAUGGUAACAGUCUUGCAUGUGCUGUUUGUGUUGCUGUGGAUUAUUUGUCCAUGUAAAUUUCAUUCCUUUUUACUUCUUUACCUGAGUCUGUCCCACACUUAGCAGCUGCACCUGAGUUUGCCACCUUUUUCUACCUACAGGCGACACUGGGCAGUAGGUAACCAAAGAAGGAGAAAUAUCUUUAAAAAUAACAUAUUUAAAACUAAAAAGAAACAUUUACAUAUACAAAUAGCCUAUUUAUAAAUAUAUAAAUAUAUAUAUUAUAUUAAUUCAAUAAGAAAAUGAAAAAUAUUAUUCUGUGUAUUUAGAAGACUGAGAUACUGCCACUCAUUGUUCAUUUAGUGAUCAUUUUUGAUGUGUGCCAAUAUGUUAUAUGACAUCUUCAGGUAACCUUUGGCCUUAUAGAUGUCCUCUGGUAAUAAACUAAUGUAUUUAUUAUAGAACAAUGAUACAGAGUAGCUUCCAAUCAGUCAUUAUGUGGUUAGCCUAUAUUGCAAUGUAUGUUGUGUCAUUUGGCACUUUACUGUGGACCUAUCGGAGUAUAGGUAAAAAUUCUUAUUACUUGGGUAAUGUCAUAUAUCUGUGUGUUUUACAUGAGGUAAAUCUGCCUAUGGAUACAGAUAUGUACCUCCAAAAUAUCAUGGCAUCUUAUGGUUUGAAUAAUAUAGUACAAUUGAAUAAUGAAAAUAUCUAGAUUUUAAAUCUUGUGCCAGUCAAAAAAUACAACAAAAUAUAUAAAAAGAGAAAAUAAACAUAUAUGAAAAGGCAUAUUUUAUUUUCAAUGUCAUUUAUCCUGGAGGCCCUACCUCAGAUUUUGUAUUUAUGUAUAGAAAUGUAAUUUGAAUCAUAGUGUCUUUGCCAAUAUUAUAAUAAAACAAUGUUUAUCAUAAACUGUAUAACACCUUAAUCAAUAAAUAAAUGUUAAUGUUUAUAACUUCA